CAACAGUAUUAAAUUUAAGGAAUAAUACUAAAACAUAUCUUUACAUUCUUUUAAUGGAUUUUAUUCAAACGUUUUAAAUAAAAAUGUAUUGACACGUCGCCUAAGGGGAAAGUGAAACAAAAUUAACUCGGCGUUUAGCCGUAGCGUGUUAGUGGGAGAAUCAGCGGGUUAACAUAGAACUUAUGUGGUGAUUCUAGGCGGAAAAGAAAUUCCCCAUCACUGUUGAACGUUAUGUUUGCCAAAUAUUUGUUUUUUUUCCCGUCGAUUUUUUGUCCUUUUAACAAGAGAGGGAAAACUGGUAACGGAAGAAAAGUUAUCGUCUGAGAAUACAUAUGAAUGAAGUCGUACUUUAGGAUUUCAAGUGAAAUCUUAAGAUUCUAAAGUGAAACAUAACCUUUGAAAAUGUCGACGCCACAGUUUGUCAAACAGGAAAUUAAUGAAGAAUACACCGAAGAUACAGAAGGAAUCAGUGAGCGUUAUCGUCUAUUAAAAAUUGAAUACGAAGAAUGUCGUCAAGAAAUUCAUGACUUGAAACGGAAACUGGAAUUAAACGAAACAAUGCUACGCGACGUUCAAGAAAUAAACGAAACGCUCGAAAGUUCUCUUGAUCGACAAAUCUCCGAAAAAGAAAAGUUUAUUUUUGAAGCGGAAGAAAAACACCGUGUUGCCAUUAAAGAAUACGAAAAUAUUAUUUCGAGUCUUGAAUCAAAUUUAACGAAUCAGACGACAGAAAUUGAGAAACUGCACCAGAACAUUAAUAGAUACAAAGAAAUUGAAAGCGAGACGAUUGUAGACGAUCUGAAGAAUAUUUCUCUUGAAACGGAGAAUGCCUCUCUUAAGAAUCAUGUUGAGAAACUUACAGUGCUGUUGCACGAAGAGGAAAAAAAAUCCAAACAUUUGGAAGAAAUGGUUAAUGAUUUGAAAGCACAAUACGAUGAAUUACAGCAUAUCUUUCAAGAUGUUAAAGAACAAUUAACGGAAAAAAGCAAAGCUUUGGAACACGUUCGUGAACAACUUGUACUGAAACGAGCAGCAGCAGAGUCCACUGAAAUUUAUCCUACUCAUAAUUCAUGUAAAGGCAAUUCACUUUUCGCGGAAGUGGAAGAUCGUCGACAAAAUGUAAUGAGCAAAAUGAAAACGUUACAUGAAAAGUAUAUACAAAUAAAACGUAUGUGUAUGUCACAAGUAGCAGAAAUUAAAGUGCUAAGAGCGAAACAAGUUUCAGCAUUUAGAAAAUGGGAAACCGAUACAGAUCAUAUCCUGACUGAGAAAGACGAGUUGAUUGAAAAAUAUAAAAACAGGGUAUUAGACCUUGAAAGCAAGUUAAAAUUUGAGAUCAAGAAAAAUGAUGAUGCAAAACAUCUGAAUUGUACCGACGCGUCUUUUACGUACUUGCAAUCGCUACUGGAUUCUAAAACAAAGGAGUCAAACGACCUUCGUAUAAAGAUCGAAGAUCUUUCUAUGCAAUUAUUAAUACAAGAAGAAACAAAACUGAAUAUUGCCAAACAACUGCAAUACUGGCGAUAUAAAGUUUCCUCUUUAGAGGGUCGACUAUGUUUUCUACAAUCCGAAAUAAAAUUAGGCAGCAGAGACAAUACAGAAUGUAAGAUUCUCUUGAAAGAAUUUGAGGACUUAAUGCAUUUGCAGAACAAUGAUAGAGCCGACGAACCUGAAUCGAAACAACCCGAAAAUUGUAACCAAUUACCAGUAUUAACUUCUGAAACGGUGAAUACAUUGCUUAAGAAUGAAACAGUUCAAACAAAGCACAAAUAAAAAGGUAAUGACACUGAUAUAAAAGAAUAUAAAACCACUACAAUAAAGGAAUCAUGUGAAUUUGAACAUGCUAGAGACGGUAACAGUGAUAAGAAAAAAUGUUCUAAAAAGAAUACAA